AUGUCCAUGAUGUCACUGGCACGAUUCAUCCAAGGGCUAUGUGCAGGCAUUGCAAUUGUACAGACGCCGCUGUACCUAAAAGAACUUGCUCCUGCCUCCAUGGUUGGUUCCAUUGGCACGCUGAAUCAACUUGCGGUUGUGACUGGUAUUUUUGUCGCGCAGCUUGUUGGUACAUGGGUUGUCACUUGGCGUCAUGCAUGGCAGCGAGUGCCGCAGGUUAGUGCUUGCGUAGCUGGGAUCCAGCUGCUUGUUGGACACAUGUGGGCGGAAGAGAGUCCGGGCUGGCUUGAGAGUGAUGGUGUCGCGUUGGGAGUCGGUUCUGCAGAUGCGGCAGAAAGCGUGCGUACACGACUAGGAUGUUCUUCCUACAGCACAUUGCAUGCUCAAGACACGGGCGACACGCCGAUCCUGGGUAGCGAUGCCCAGACACGAACGCAGUCGAGAUCGUUUACAGACGGAAUGAAGAUCGUCGCACUCACACAAGCAGCGCAACAACUGAGUGGUGUGAAUGCUAUCAUGUACUACAGCACAGGCAUCAUGUCGAAGGUGCUGCCGAAUGUGGCAGCUUUUGUUGGCCUGCUAAUUACGUUGGUCAAUGCGGUCAUGACUCUUCCUCCACUUUGGCUCAUUGAUGAAGCUCGCUUUGGCCGACGCAAACUCUUGCUGCUAUCAGCCACGGGAAUGGGUGUGUCUUGCUUCGUAUUAGCAUUGGGUCUGGUAUCCUCCUACGCGAUGCUGAGCUCACUAGCCAUCUUGCUAGUUAUUGCCUUCUUUUCCGUGGGCUUGGGACCUGUCCCAUUCGUCAUCCUGCCCGAAGUACUACCGCCUUCUCAUGUGUCGAUCGGCUCGUCGCUAGGCCUUGGCAUCAACUGGAUUACGAACAUAUGUACGGCGCUAGCAUUUCAGCCAUUGCGCCGGAUGCUUGGCAGCUGGGACGGUCAGACAGGUGGUCUUGUCUUUGUACUUUUCGGUGGAGUCAACUUGGGCUUUGCCUCAUUAAUUCAACGUAUGUACACAUAG